CGGGCGCCCAGCCCGCUGGCCGGCGUCCAGGGCUUCAGGCUGUUGGCUGGCAGGCUGCAUUUCCGUUCGUCCCACAAAUCCACUGCGUUCUGGAAUGCCCUUUCCCUUCUGUAUUACUCCGUGGGCUCAGGUCGCUUGUGGUGCGCCGAUGACAACCCCAAAUCGGCCAUCAAGCCUCAAUGCAGCUGCAAAGCUAGGCGACCAGGGAAAGAUCCCCUCUCCGACUUCACUUCGCAGCGAGUGGAUCACAACCGGCGGAGAACGGCGUCUAAAGCAACCACGAAGGAUCAACUUCCUGGCUCGAUUGGAUUUGAUCCUAGCAAGAGCCACGCGGGUUGCGGGCCCGCGGUCCAUCUUCGGCUCCUCCAAGCCCCAGGUUACGCCUGUCGAGUGUCGACGUGAAGGACAUGUGUCUGGACUUUAAACUUUUUUAUUGGCUCUAGUCUAAUCCCUCGUGUCUGUUCAACUUUCUUCCACUCUUAUAGUGGCAAGGGUAUGGGGUUUAGAUUUGACUCCGCGUAAGCCUGUUUCAGGUGCCGUUGUUGAAUCCAGCGUCACGAGUCUGGGUGUCCCCCGGAGUUUUAAUUCCGCAGGACCUGGUGAAUGCGCGGUUGAUCCUCGGUGC